AUGCGUUUACAAAUUCGAAUCCCUACCUUGAUUAUCCACGUCCAAUGCUUCACAAAACGAUCCCGAUCGGGGGAAUCGCCGUAUCGUUCGAUCCCAAAAAGAACGCUUUAUCAAAGGAAUGGGACAUCAUCAUGGACCAGAGAAACUCUACAGUUCUGGUAUCUUUUGGAUCAAUGGCAAAAUCUGUCCUCAUGCCAGAUGAAUACAAAAAGACUCUCCUCGAGGUAUUCGAAAACAUGCCACAAUACGACUUUUAUUUGGAAGUUCGAAGAAGAAGAUUCAAAAUUGGCGGCUCACCUCGAUAAUGUUUACCUCAGCUCGUGGGUACCUCAAAACGCUCUUCUAGCGGAUCCUCGUCUUUCUGUCUUCAUUACUCAUGGAGGUCUAGGCAGCACGACGGAGCUUGCUCAUAUGGGAAAGCCAGCAUUGCUUAUUCCUCUCUUUUCUGAUCAAACUCGCAAUGCGCAUAUGUUGGCAAAGCAUGGCGGAGGUAUUGUUUUGAAGAAGAGCGAUCUCGAGAGUCCACGGAAACUCGCAGAUUCCUUGAAGACUCUUCUUAGUGAUGCCAGCUUUUCGCGGAAUGCCAAACGAUUGGCCGAGAUGCUUCUUAACCAACCGAUCAGCGCAAAACAACUUUUCAUCCAACAUAGUGAAUUUGCUGCCAGGUAA